AUGAAUAGAUCAAAUAUCGCACGAAAUUGGGAGCUACGAAAUAUUGGAAGACGUGAAACUGCACGUGGCGCUAUUAACUUUUUUAAUAGUAAAGAUGAUAGAAAUGCUUCUUCAGCUAUGGAUAAUUCUGAUAAUUUAAAAACAAAUGUUCGUAAUAAAUCUGUCUCGUCGUCACAAGAGGAUAAUGUUGCCGUUGAUGCCACCCGAAAGAUUAGUGAAAGCAGGAAGAAUUCUAGCACUUCGGAUAGCAACGACGAGCCAAAUUUACACGUAAUUAGCAGAAGCGCACGUGACACAAUCAAAAUGUUCAACAAUAUUGCUAAUAAAACGAAGGAAAAACUCGACAAGAAUCCAUUUUCAUCAACAUAUGCUGUACCAAAGUAUGAUACAAGUGCGCAAGAUUACGGUCGACCAACGCAUGGAUCUAAAACGGAAGCACGUGGUAUUAAAGCCGGAGAUUAUGUAAUGCGUGAGGUGUUAUUUUUAUGUGAAGUGAUAAAUACGCAUGCAGAAGGUGAACCACCAAAUCGAAUCAUCCGAUUUGGUCCAUUAUUUUACAUCUAUGCGCAUUAUUCCGAUAAAUUGGUUGGAAUGUUGAUUCGAGCUCGAAAAUAUAAACUAGUCGAUUUUGAGGGUGAAAUGUUAUAUCAACGGCAAGAUGAUGAUAAAAUCAUACGUUUACUGAAACCAAUCGAAGAAAUACGAAAACUUGAACCUUCAGGUUUGCCAGGUACGUCAAAAAGCGAAUUUUUACAAGGAGAAUAUGGUAAAUUAGUCAUACCAGCUGCUGCUAAUGAUUAUAUGGAUGCUGUUGUUGCAUAUGUUGAAUCUUGGACUACAAUUUAUGUACAAUUACCAAAUGCUUACCGUACAAUAGCAAAAAUGCACAAAGAACUACAAGAAAUAUAUCGUACCACCAAAUCAUUCUCAAAUCCUAUCUCAGGUUCAUCCGGCAUUAUGAAAUAUGACUUACAGAAUGAAUGCUACCGUAUACUUAUUAUCAAACGUGUCGAUCCAACUGUAAUACGUGUACGAUUUGUCGAUUUCGGUUAUACGGAUGUUGCAACAAAACAACAAAUUCAUCCAAUAUCAAAAAGCUUAACCAAUUUACCUGCACAAGCAUUUCCGAUACGAAUAGAAUUGAAAGAUGGCAUAGCAGGUUCAAUGUCGCUUAAUGCUUUUCGAAAAUAUUUAACAAAUGCGCAAGUUAUCAUUCAAUUAGGUAAUAAAAUUGUAAAUGAUUCCUUCAUGGGAAUUAUAUAUUUAACUGAUGAAAACAACAAAUGGUAUUCAAUGAAUGAAGCAGUCGAAUCAAAAAUUUCCAUCAAAAAAUUGAUGAUAAAUCACAAUGAUAACACAAGUAAGGAAGUUAUUGCUCAUAUCAACGAUUUUAACGAAGAGCCAGUAAUGAUGGUACUAAAGCCGGCCGGAAAAAUUAAUGUGGAAGAUAAGGAAACAGAAUUGAGCAGUUUACGAAGAAAAUUUGAGAAAAAAGGGAAAAUUUUUCGAAAUUUCGCUUAUGGUUCUCCUGAAAAUAGCGGCUACAGUAAUGGUAAACUAAUUUAA